CCACACUUUCUCCGCAACUAAACCAAAACACAUCGUUUCAGCAUAUGUCUCAAAGGCCCACAGUUCCACACUCUUCUUCCAUAGCCUGCGGCCUCCAUUCGCAUCUCCUGGUCUCCAGUGAGAUGAACCCUAAUUCCAAUUGGUCCUUCUCUCUUCUUCCACAUUAAUUCAAUCGCAUUCUUUCUUUCGAUUUAACCCCAACCUCAAACUAAACAACCAAAAAACACCAUGGGACUCAAAGGUUUUGCCGAAGGAGGCAUUGCUUCCAUAAUCGCAGGAUGUUCCACUCACCCAUUAGAUCUCAUCAAGGUUCGCAUGCAGCUCCAGGGCGAAACCAACGCCCCCAAACCCAAUCCGGUUCACACCCUCCGACCGGCUCUCGCUUUCCAAACCGGUUCAUCCAUCCACGUGGCAGCUCCUCCGCUUCCCCAACCUCGUGUUGGUCCCAUUGCCGUUGGCGUGCGCCUCGUUCAACAAGAAGGCCUCGCCGCUCUCUUCUCCGGCGUCUCCGCCACCGUCCUCCGCCAGACGCUCUACUCCACCACCCGCAUGGGACUCUACGACGUCCUAAAAAACAAGUGGACCGAUCCCGUCGCCGGAACCAUGCCGCUGAGUCGGAAAAUCGAGGCUGGACUAAUCGCCGGCGGCGUGGGCGCAGCCGUCGGAAAUCCCGCCGACGUGGCCAUGGUCCGAAUGCAGGCCGACGGGAGGCUCCCGGCGGCGCAGCGGAGAAACUACAAAUCCGUGGUGGACGCUAUCACGAGAAUGGCGAAGCAGGAGGGCGUGACUAGCCUGUGGCGAGGCUCAUCGCUUACGGUGAACCGCGCGAUGCUUGUGACGGCAUCGCAGCUUGCGUCGUACGACCAGUUCAAGGAGAUGAUUCUGGAGAGGGGCGUGAUGCGUGACGGCCUCGGAACUCACGUCACGGCUAGCUUCGCGGCAGGGUUUGUGGCGGCGGUGGCGUCCAACCCCGUGGACGUGAUAAAGACGAGGGUGAUGAACAUGAAGGUGGAGCCUGGGGCGAAAGCGCCUUACGCCGGCGCGUUGGAUUGCGCUAUGAAGACGGUGCGUGCUGAGGGUCCCAUGGCUCUUUACAAGGGCUUUGUGCCUACGAUCUCGAGGCAGGGACCCUUCACUGUUGUGCUGUUUGUUACGCUUGAACAGGUUCGCAAGUUGCUCAAGGAUUUCUGAACGAGGUAGAUCGAUGAUGACGACGAAGAUGUUUCUUUCGUUUUCAAUAAGCUGUGUUAUUGUUUGCUUUUAUGUUUUGGCAAGUUAUGGUAAUUUUGUUAUAACGUUACUUAUCAAUGUUAAAUGAGAAUUAUUCAGAAGCAGCGUUUAUUUUCUGAAUUGAAAUUUUUACACGGCAAGCCAGCAUCAGCUUUUACGUUUACGCACUGAAUGUGUGAAAAUUCUGAGAUCGUUUAGAAAUCCACGAUAGAAGUUAAUAAUUUUUUUACGUCUACGCAAUUAAUAUACUAAAUAUUAUGACACGAGUCUUGUCUUUACAUGGUUAUAUUGACAGAGGAAAAAUGGGUAUUUGAUUUGAUCGGGGGCAUAGUGAGUGUGAGAUGGACAGAAAGAGACGAUGAAACGUUACAGUCUGAGAUGUAUCGGUGACAAUUACAACAGUGACGGCGCCACUAUUUAGCAAUUAGCGGAGUAAUUUUUGUUCUCCAAAUUUCCUCAAUUCCAGGGGAGUGUAAGACGCGUAAAGCCGUAGAGUAUUAAAAAAAUAUGCUUAUUGGAGGGGAUACUGUAUAUCUUCUCUAUCUAUAUGAUAUUUACAAUAUCAGCGUGUGAUCUAAGUACAGAGGAAUAGGUAUUAUUCUUUCCUUUAUUCUAACUUCUAAGUUCUAAUGCCUUCCCUUCCCCCAAUUUGAAUGCUUCACCGACUGAAAGCCUCCAUGUCCCUGCAACUUAUUUUACAAUAAUCCAAUCCAAGCUUAGCUGGAAACACCUUGAACCCAAUAUUCCAAUAAUGUACUUCUGCCAUCAAUAAUUAUCCUCGUAUUUUUCAAUCAAAAAAGUGAUUAUAAUUCAUUUUAACACAUCUACUUUUAACGAUUUAAAAAUAAAUUUAACACAAACGAGCCUUAAUUACCUCCACUAAAACAAAAUUACUAAGAAUUUGUUCAUUUUCUGUUUUUAAAAACAAAAUUUUCUUUUUAAAAGUAAAAUAAAAUAAAAUAUAUUUGUUAAAUUUUAAAAUUAUUUUUCAAAAGUUAAAAAAUCAAAACAGAAACAAACUUAACAUAUUUUAUUUUUUAACUUAAUCUUAUUGUUGAUAAAACUAAUUUUUGGGUUAGAUAAUUUUUGUAAUCUUUUAUUGAUUAAAAUUGAUUAUAGAUACUAUAUCCAUAAAGUUUUAAAAAACGUGUAUAAUGCUUAAAACUGAAAUCUUUCCUUUCCUCUAGAAUGUCCUGUACCGAAAUGAACUUCAGCUUGGGUACAAUUUCUGCACCAUAAAACGGACCAACAAAAUAGGGUUGGAUACGUGCAAUCGGAAGGGGAACUUUUUGGGUACACAUGCUUAUGUUAGAGUUUUGCAGUAAUAAAAACUAACAAUUUAUUGAAAAUUUUAAAAAUUUAAUUUUAUCAUAUAUUUAUCGCCUUUGUCACAUAUUAAUGUGAAAUAAUAAUUGUAAUCUCAAAAUAUCAUGACAAAACAAGUGGCUAUUUAGAGUGAAGGAAGUUUCUCAGAGGUUACGUGAGAGAUAAAAACUGCUGGCCAUUUACUAAUCACAUUUAUUUUCAACCCCGUGAAAUUAACCAAAGUAGUAAGUAAACUACACAGGAGGUGGAAUAUCAAGUGGAUUCCACGUUAUAAUAAAUUUCGGAUGGGAAUUUUGCACCAGUGGUGCAACCUACUCUAAGUUAAAGACAUUAUAACGGAAAAAAAAGUUAAGAGCAAUAAUUGGGCACGAAUCAACACUAUAAUUGGAGCUAGGACUGAAAACACUUCCAAUUUGGCUGCUAGUUACAUAAAAAGCCAUAGAGUAUACUUAUAAUCAACCAGAAUAUAUUCACUCACAUGGGACCAUAAGUAAUCUGGUCCCUUCAAGGUGCGUUAUUGAAUCUGGUUUACAGGCUAAUAAAAAUUCCACUCAACACAAAAGAUUAGAAAGGGAGGGUAUAGGCAGCAAUUUACUCCACUUAGGUUACUCAAAUAAAAAUUGGUUCGGUGGUUCCAAAGUUACAUUUGCUACGCAUUUGGCACCGUGCAAAAUUGUAUGAGGACAAAGAACCAGCAUACCCAUAAUCAAUAAUGGACCUAUUAUAUAGCAGUUUGGUGCAACAUCUCGUAGAAAAGAUUACACAAGGUAUUGUUAUACCCACACGUUCCAUUUUGUUUGACCUCUAAGCCUGUAGACUUACCCCCUUUAUAUUUUGGCUGUCACCAAUAUGGAGGCCUAAGUGUGAUGUUCUCCUAUGACAUAGGCAUAGUUCUCAUCAUUAUUAGGAAGGCAAAAAUUCGAUAUGUCAAGUCAGUUUCAAUCUUUGUGUGCAACAUAUCCACAAUCUUUUUUAUUGAAUUGGAA